AUGUUACCUAAUCUUGAUGUUUGGAUAGAUUUAUUCUGCGUUCCAUCGAUUGCCAUUUGUUGGAUGACUUUAGGUAUUGACCGAUUAACUGUAAUUUAUUAUCCGAUUAAGUAUUUUCGUUAUCAAAAGUUGGGCAUAAGACUGCAACUUGCUUUCAUUCAUAUCGUAAUAUUCCUGUAUUUGGGUACAGCAUUAUUUUCAGCAAUAAAGUAUGAUGAACAUAAAGCUACAACGCACUGCAGGGAAUUUGAAUAUUUCCCAUAUGGUAUGUAUGUGUUUGCACUUGGUUUUCGGCUUUUUGCUGCUUUAAUAUUUGUCACUGUUAUACCGAUAAUAGUGAAGCGUCUAAAACAGCAUACCGCUGCUAAGGUUGCAAGUUUUGGAAACAAUCCUAAGCUGACCGUCUUUUUGAAGCGGCAAAAUAUUUUUACUAAUGGACUGUUGUUUUGUUGUGCCUAUACUUCCGUAUUGUACGUUGUACCGAACCUGUUGGCUAUACUGUUAAGCGCGAUGUGGUACAGUUCAAUUGAACGAGUGAGCACUUAUACAACGUUCUUGAAUUAUCUUAAUGCAUUACCAGUUGCAUAUGUUGCAUUUUCUACUCAACCAGAAAUAUGUAGAGAAUGCUUCAAAAUGAUGCCAUUCCUGGCAAAAAUUCCAGUUCUGAAGAACGUUCAUCACGAAGAUCGUACCUGUGCAGUGAGCGCCAGGAGCUAA